CGCACGGGAGUGGUUCCUUCGUUCUAGAACGAGAAGAAUCUCGUUUUUUAAAAUAAUUGUUUAAUUGAUAACGACAGAGCUUUGAAAAUUGCUGGACUUUAUUAAAAAUAUAGAAUCUAAACAACUGUCGAGCGAUUUAUCGGGGAUUUCCGGUUUUUAUUUUAUUUAUACGAAAUGUCGAUCAUCAGACCACUAACCUGCAACGACUUAUUCAAAUUUAACAAUGUAAAUUUGGAUCCUCUGACUGAAACUUAUGGACUUCCUUUUUACAUGCUGUACCUGGCCCACUGGCCUGAAUAUGUACAAGUGGCUGAAUCUCCCAGUGGAGAAAUCAUGGGUUACAUUAUGGGGAAAGCAGAAGGUCGAGGGAAUUCUUGGCAUGGGCAUGUGACAGCACUGACUGUCUCUCCAGAUUAUCGGCGGCUGGGUCUCGCCGCGAAACUUAUGAAAUACCUAGAGGAAGUCUCGGAGAAAAAGCAGGCAUACUUCGUGGACCUCUUCGUUCGCGUCAGUAACAAAGUGGCAAUUCAAAUGUACCAACAACUGGGCUAUAUUGUUUAUCGAACAGUUCUCGAAUACUACAGUGGAGAUCCAGACGAAGACGCAUACGACAUGCGGAAAGCCCUUUCCAGAGAUAUUUUCAAGCAAUCAGUCAUCCCUCUGAUCCACCCAGUGCGCCCUGAGGACGUUGAAUGACACACGGAGAAUGAGUAGAUAUCCUGCGAUCAUUUUCACUAGCGCGAACACAUCAAAUAUUCAAUACAUAAUCAGGAGGUGAAUAUCGAAUUCGCUCGCAUCGGUUACACCUGGAAAAUUGUCAUUUCGAUAGUCAUCCGGAGACUGAACCCCUUAUUUAUUUUUUUACGCGCUUGGAUGUCUUCUCACUCCUGAGUCCUGACGAUAAUUACAAGAAUAAUUGAGGGCAUUUAAUUUUAUUGAGCAGCGAAAAAAUUAAUGAUAGAAUAAAUAAAUAAACAGUCAAAAAAUAA